AAAAAAAAAAAAAACAGUUCACACAAUUAGCCCCUUUCCCACUGGCCAAAAAACCCAUGUCAACCCACUAACAAUCGGCUUUUGGUGGCAGUGGGAAAGGUGCAGUGACCCGCCUCGACCCGUGUCAAUCAACCCGCCAAGCGACCCGCGUUAAAAUAUCCUCGGCUCUGAUCGUCAUGUAGUGUGAAAGCAAAACCCCGGGUCAACAGUCAACACCCUAAUCUACGUGGUGACGUAGGCGCUUACGUGAUGCGUCAUAACAAUAGCCAUAACUGAUGAAACAAAGGCUCUUCUUCUCCUUCUGUGACUUACACGACUCCUUUCAAUUUCAAACCAAAAUUCACGUCGCCUACGUUACCUCAGCACAAGCAGAGUGUUGAUCCUUUGCUGCAUUUCGACCAUUUUGAGGGCAGUAAAAAGCUUGAAAACAGAAAACACAAACGGAAAGGAGGCUUCCAUGUUGCUCUGCAUUGUUUACUUCCUUGAACUGAAUGAAUUUGGUCGCACUUGUGGACGCCCAUCUUAGCGUGGUGACGUCACGUAACCUUCCGCACGGCUGAGGGGGGGUGGUUAGACGGGUAGAAAAAAAAGACAGUGCUUUUUUUUCUUUUGUCAGUGGGAAAGAUUUCAAAUGCCAAUUGCUAAUGGGCUGCAUCGGCUUGAAAAAAACGCGCGUUGACCCACUAGUUUCAGUGGGAAAGGGGCAAUUGUGAAAUUUAAAGGGUUUUUGGAACAAUUGGCCCUAGCCCAAUUCUUUACCCUAAACUUAACUAGACACAGGGGUAUUGCGGAUAUUGAGAUAACUAGAUAGUAACCUUUGCUAUGUGUGAAAGUCAUUUAAUGUUGUGACUCAACCGUUAAAGUUAAAAUUGAUCCCGUUAUUGCAUUAGUUCCCUUCUGUCUAUAUUCGACAUGUGUAAGUUUUAAAACUGUUUCAUCAUUUAAAGAUAGAUUUAAGUUAAGUUUUGCCGAUUCAGGAGCAUUUUAGAUAAAAAGUUACUUAGGUUCGCUAGGAAGGUUCUCUACAACAGAGCCUUCCUGAGAAUUAUACUGCUUUAAGAUGGCGGCUGUUCACUAACGCAUCUAGUUCUUUAUCAUACAUGUUGCUAAUGCUGCCGUAUCUGUCAUCAUUUGCAUCUAGUUCUGUAUAUAUGUGAUAUCUACUGAAGCAUCAUGUGGGCGUAGUUUGUAGGCUAUCGGCUACAGUCAGGUAUUAUUGGAGCCACCUAGCAUAGCAGCAUCGUGUUUGCCAUGGCGUCACACUCUCGUCUCUGUGAGUCCGCCUUUUUCAGACUUUUCCCGCGACACCAGGAACUUUUCAGGAUGCUCAAAUUGUCCCCACCAACUUUUAGGCAACCUUAUUUGCAUAAUAUAAUGAUUUCAGUUAUAGAGGUAAUUUAAUUGUCUUCACAUAUUUUGUAAGGAUAGAAUUGACCCUACCAUUGUUAAGUGAAUUACUUUCAUUAUGUUCAUACUUACAAUGACACUAUUUUUUCCCCCUCAAACACAACGUUUGAUUGGCUGAUGACUAGUUAAAUUCCCUUGUUUUCAGUGUAUAUCUACUAGAAAUAAGUGAAAUUAACUGCCAGUGCUUUAAGUAAAUUUUAAUCAGAUGUCUUGAAAUAAAAAAAUCAGCAAUCUGAAAAUAAUCUUAACACUCUUAUUUUAAGCAAAAAGUGAGUAUAUUUAAUCUUAAAAAAGCUUUUUUUCAUCAGAAAUGUUCUUCUUUCAAGAAGUGAUAUCAAAACAUUAUUUGAAAUCAUUUUCCCUCUUGGUUUUGGUGAAAAAUGAUCAAACUUUAGAUGCAUGGGCUUAAUAAGAACAAAUGGUAAUAUUUACCUAAAGUAAAUUGAAUAAUCUGACCCAUUAAUCUGUUAACUAGUCUUUAACACAAAACAAGAUGGAAAAAAUUAUUUGAAUAGAUUCAAGAAAAAUCAUCGAAUUAAAACGUUAUAAUUUGCAGUGUGAAAGUUAGUACAAGUCAAUACAGAUUUAUUUUUGCAUUGAUCAUUUAGCCUAUGAAUUAUUUAGGUUCAUAUUGGUGAGAAAUGUCGCCCUGACCCAGGGGCGGACUGGUAAUCUGUAGCUUCUGGAGGAUCACAGAAUGGCUCUGUACGGCCGGCGGCCGCCGUACAUACAUCACUGUUUUUAUCCCCCCAUCAAUCUGAUAGGAGAAGAACCAAGAAAACACAGAGUAGCCUACUUUGGUAAAACCUUACUCCUUGCGGAAGCAAAAUAGCAACGAGCAUGGAUAAACAAUAUGGAUGGUGUUGGCAAAAAAAAGAAAAGAGAAGGGCGGCGCAGAGAAGGAUAGAUAGAAAAAAAACUGAAGAAACUCGAGAGCGAAGCAUCGAAAUGUCACAAGUUGACACAUAUGUUCGCAAGCAGCAGUCUGGCUGCAAUGGCCACGCUGGCUAGCAACAGCCCAGCCCCCGGCGAUGGUGAGAGUGGGAGCGGUAGCCGCUCUCACGUGCAGCCAGUGCAGGGAGAGACAACAGACGAGGGAGAGGGUAAUGAUGAGCUGGUGGAAGUUCCCCAGACAAGCGCAGGGCAAGCAGUCUCCUGCCUUUUCUGGUUCUACAUUGAGACCUGGACUGAGCUGUUAAUUUCUCAGCGUCUGCUUUUCUACAUCCAUGCAAAUCUCCAUACCCAUCCAAAACUUCAUGCUGGUCCUGAAGACAGACAUCGAAGCAUGCUAUUGUGAAGAGGUAACCUACUAGGACAGGAUGCACUCUUCAAACCACCGACUGCGAGAUAUGGAGCAGCACCACCCGCUGCUUUCUGCGGGUGGCGACGUCGAGUCAGGAGGCCUGACGGCCGGAGUGAUGGUCGGCAAUGCACAUGCGGACCACACGGUUGGGAAUCGGACGCUGUGGUUCAUCCAGGACAGCUGCGGAAUGGUGUGCGCUAGCAUGACCUGGUUCUUGGUGCUGUACGCCGAAUUUGUCGUCAACUUUGUCAUGCUGCUUCCCGCCAAGAACUUUUGGUAUUCUCUGCUCAACGGUGCCACUUUCAACGCUCUCGCCUUGCUUGCUCUGGCAUCACAUCUGCGCACUAUGUUGUCUGAUCCGGGUGCAGUUCCGAAAGGCAACGCAACCAAAGAGUACAUGGAAAGUUUGCAACUUAAGCCUGGUGAGGUUAUCUACAAGUGCCCAAAGUGCUGUAGCAUCAAGCCUGAAAGAGCACACCACUGCAGUAUUUGUAAACGAUGCAUCCGCAAAAUGGAUCACCAUUGCCCCUGGGUCAAUAACUGUGUGGGUGAAAAGAAUCAGAGAUUCUUUGUCCUUUUUACUAUGUACAUAGCAUUGAUUUCUGCUCAUGCGCUUGGCCUCAGUGGCAUGCACUUUUUCACAUGUAUUAAAGUACAGUGGAACGAGUGCAGUGAAUUCUCUCCAGGAGUCUCUGUGUUACUUCUGAUCUUCCUGUGUCUGGAAGCCGUUCUCUUCCUCACUUUUACUGCCGUCAUGUUUGGUACGCAGAUCCACUCAAUCUGCAAUGAUGAGACGGAGAUUGAACGUCUUAAAAAUGAGAAGCCCACCUGGGAGCGUCGCACCAGAUGGGACGGCAUGAAAGCAGUGUUUGGCGGUCCGCCCUCCUUGCUGUGGUGCAACCCCUUCACUGGGCUGCGUCUGCGUCGCCUGAAGCUCCUGACUCAAGCUCGCCGCCCCGGGUCUGAGUUUUCCGUCUGAGAAAAAGGUGUGCCUGUAAUGAGACUCUAAGGAAAGUGAUGGGAUGGAGAUGAGCCCACCUGGGGACAGACAGGUGCUCUGUUGAGACUGCAGUACUUCAGCAACCUCCACUGCCUGUCUAUACUCUCACCAACAACUGGAACAUUUUUGGUUCGUGUGGUGACGCAUGCGGUUUAUAACUCUUAAUGAGGCUUUUAUUGCUUUUGAAACUAUUAAGUCCUCCUCCUCUCGCACACAGCUUCAUGUGACUUAACCUUUUUUUUUUUGUCAAGCUGAUGAGAUUCUCAGUAAAUAUUUGACAUUAAGGACGAGCAUCAUUAUUGCAGAUAUUAAUGAAGGAGCCACACAACGGACACAAACUACUCGAACAACACUUGAAAGAGUCGAGCACACCAGACGCACGGCGAAGUGGACGUCUGCUGCUUUGAUUUGCAUGUGUGCAAUCAGUCUCAGCUGCUCCAGUCUGAUGAGGCUUUUUCAAUGUUUGCAAAUGGAGGACCACAUUAUGAACAAGCUCUUUCUUCCGCAGGGAUGAAUGCCUUUUGCCAUGUUUUCAUGAAAUUGCAUCAUUAUUAUUUAUCUGGGUUGUUGCUUGGGCAAAUCCAAAAACAAUGUGCUUUUUGUUUCAUAUCUGUUAUUAUACAUAUGACUCACAGGAGACUAUUAUUUUUAUGUUGUGUCUUUUUACCUGAACCCGCGUUGACGUACAUGCUGCUUUAUGUUCAUUGACAAUAGACCGCUGUGAAAAUGGCUCCUUCUUGUGGAAACUUGAGCUGUCACCAUUUUGAAAGCCUCAAGAGAUCCCUGCGACAGGCAACUUUUGGAGCCCAGUUGGCUUUGCAUGCUGCUCACCAAUCAUGUGGUGCGAUGUCGCGAAGAAGAAUCCACAAGCACAGUUGUUCGCAAGAGCCAAGCUGAUGAUUUGCAAAACUGCUUGGUGCAUUCAACCAGCUGACUUUUCUAUUAGUCUAGAAAUAUCAGGCCAGACACAAGCAGUCUUUGUAGAACACUUAAUGCCUUUCAACACAAUCCAGUCAAGUUAAUUCCUUCCCAUAAAUGAUAGUUUUCCUCAUGGAAUUGUUUUGCACUGGAUAAAUAUGGCUUGGUUUUAGAUUUUAAAGUCACUCAUUAAAGUAUGUCAUAAUCAGAAGUCACUUUCUCAUCAUGUGUGAGAGUUCUGUGGUCAAUAGAGAAAGGAAUUAAUUCCUAAUUGUUUACACUAUAAAUGGUUUGCUCUAUGGAUGAUAAGCAAUGAAUGUAAAACAUGUUAGCAAACACGAGAAACUGCUUUCAGGGGAGUUUUAAUGCAGACCUCAUUUCUGUUACUGUGCUACAAGUGAUUUUAUUCUGGUUCAAUGCAGUUACGUCUUUUAACUGGAUAUGUUGCAGUUAUUCAGGAGAUAUUUUAUAAGUAGGCAGAUGAAAGUUCAACUUAAAUGGAAAUUUGAGGGAAAGACACUUUUUUUUUUUUUUUUUACGGGCGGAAAGAAUCAUUUCACUGUGGUUGCCAUUGACAGAGAUAGACGUCAAGUAUAUUUCAAUGUGGAGGGUUGACAUUGAUGUUCACUAUUGACUAAAUUCACAGCAGGAGGGGAAAAAAAGACCUUGUUAGAGGUCUAUCAUUGUCAAUUGCACUGAAAGAGUUGAUAAGAAAUCCCCCACCCUCGCAAUUUCUCAUGUUUAAUUUUGGAGAAAACAAAACCCACUAUUUCCACAAAGUGGCCACCUGGGCCGACAUUUUAUCAAUACAGCACUGGUACAAUUUUAGCCACUUAAAUGUGAUCAUUGUAAAUUACCCACCCUUCCUUGUUACGUCACUAAUACCUAUUUUUAUAUGCGUAGCCUAUACCUAUUAUCAUAAGCAGUGUCAUUUUUUCCCCCUUUUCUCCCAUUAUCAAAGGCCUUGAAAAAAAAUCCCAAUUUGCGUACUCAAAUAUUCGACCAAAAAUGAAUGUUAUUUAUAUUAUGUUUUCUUUCCCUUUAAUGCCAGUUAAGUAUGAGGCCAGUCUUUGAAUCAACUAUCAAUUUAAGGUGGCAGGCAGGUAACCUGACCUACAAUGAAAUUCUGAGAACAGAUAACAACCUCAGAGAAACUAUUAUGAAAAGCCCUAAAACAUAUACAAGCUCAAAGUACAUUGUAUGGAAUCACUCUACAAUCCAAACUGCUGUAUUAAUCAAAUCUCUCCACUUUCAAUGAAAUAAUUGCAGUACAAGAGGUUAUAGGAAAUUAUUUCCUAUAUUGAUCUUACUAUUACUAUUGAUGGUCCAUUAGUUUUAGUUUUGGCUGGUUAUAAACGUGACUGUUUACACGAGGACAGUGCUUUCAUGACUCCACACAUCGUUUACAGGGUUAACAAAAUCCAAAAGUUGUGUCAUUAGUUGUGUUUUUGAAGCCAGUUUUAUAUUAUAUUGACAUCACUGGGUUGUGUCAUUCAGCCAACCUGCCAAAUAAAGUUCAGUUUCUAUUCUGAGAUUGUGCCCUCAAGAUCGGCAUUUAUUAGCCUAUAAAGGUUCGUAAUGGUAAUGGUAUAAGUGGAAUGUUCAGAGGAUGUUUUUUUUUUUUUUUUUAAACAAUAUAUUAUAAUGUCAUGUUAAAUGUCAUUUUAAAUAAUAAACCUAUUUAAACGAGGA